CAAAUGUAUCAUGUUGAUACAUCUUUACUCAUUUUAUGGCAUGGAUUAUGACGUUUUGUUUCAUCUUUGCCAAUUUUUACUUGAAUUUUCUUCAUAAAAUAUGAAAAAGAUAUAAUUAUAAUGGUUAAGUUAAUAGUUGAAAUAGGAAACUAAUAACCUAAUUGUGACACUUUUGUCUCGGAAACUACUUAUAGACAUGAGUUUAACUUUACUAAAAAAACAUGAUUCACAAAGUUAUAUUCGUCGGAAAAUAGGAUACAUAAUAUAAGUUCAUUUUCUGUUCAAAUUUAAGUUAUUUAUUAUGAAUGUAAUAUCACAUGAACAUUUAAUUCAAAAUUCCUACAGGUUUCAAUAAAACAAAAUUCAAAAUUCGAAUACUAGUUUAAGUAGCAUUUAUUUUUCUGAUAGGAGAACUCAAUGCAUAUAGUAGAAGAUAUAUUGUCCCAUGAAUAUACAAGAUUUUUUAUAGAUUUUUUUAUAAUUUUCAAAUGUGUAUUUCAUUCAACGAAAAUAAAUAAAUAAAUAAAUAAAUGUGUAUUUGUUGAUCUAUGCCACUGGAAAAAAAUUGGUCCCCUAACCUAAAUUUCUACCUCUGUUCCUGCCAACGAUUAUGGUCGACAUGUUCCCCUAACCUAAAAAAAAACUAGGUUUAGGUAUAUUAUUUUUGGGCUUCAUUUGAAUAAAAGAUGUUCUGAAUAAAAGAUGAUGCAUUAUAAAUCUUACAAUUUGAGUGAGAUCUUAUUUACAUGGUUUCAUAUUGUUUUAAUUGCAGACACUUUGUUUUAUAUUUUUUAAAUAAUAAAUAUUUUGAAAGCACACAUAAAAGGCUAUAAGUGAGCAGAGUCAAACAUUAGGUUAGGGAAGAUACGAUUGAAGUUAAACUAGAUCGGGAGGGGAACACUGGGUGAGGGAGAUGGGCAUUAAAAUCAUUUACGGUUGAAUCAAAUUGCAAGAAGCUGACUAAUCUUCUGAAAAGAGAAGAGGAUUGCAAAACUGAGAUUGAUAAUGUGUGCAAGAGUAUCUCAGAUAUUUUUUGUAUAGAGAGCCGUUAUAAGGUGCUACUAGAGAGGUGAGGGAAAGGGGAAACCAUGAACGUUCCUGGGAUUGAAAAAUAGGGGCCCCAGACUAAAUACCAGCAGUACGAUCACUCGGUCAUGGUCUCGUUCGCAAGAGUAUCUUGGAUUUGGGAAAAGAUGUUAAUAUGAUCACUAAUUGGAGGUUCACUUUCAGAGAAGCUAACGCAAUUACUCACUUGCUAGCCCAUUUUUUCUUCCACUUUUUUUUAUCUGUGCUUUCUAUUCCUAGUUAGCUUUCAAAGAUACUUUUUUGUGAUUCUACAAUGGGCCUCAUCUUGGCGCCAAGCGCCCUUCAGAGCCCCAGGUGGCGAAGAGCCGCCCAAGGACGCCAACUUGUGUGCUGUGGAGCAGUUGAUUCAGCUUGGGUAAAAUAUUUUUUGCUUCCUCUGCUUUUUAGGAUAUUUUCCGCUUUGGAUCUAGAUUCUCACGGUUUUUGUCAUGGGUGCAAUUCAAGGUGAUUUCCUAGAAGAUCACUCAUCCUUGUUGUACUCCACACUGAGCACGUUUAACUUCAGAGUUCGCACAAGAACUUUUCCAUUUCACCUCAAAUCUAGGAAUGUCAAUGGUGCAUCUAGGGAGGUAUCUAGAUAUCCAUACCCGACCCGUGGCAGGUCGGAUCCAGGUCGGAUAAUUUAUCAUGGGUCGUGGGUCGGAAAGUCGACCCAAUGGAUACGUAUUUAUUUGAAAAACAUUAGAAAUAGUCGUUAUUUUCAUUAUAAGACCAAGAAAUGGUAAAUGUAGUUAAAUUGUUGGAGAAAUUGAGGGUUUCACUAAUUUAUAAUUUUGUUGUAGCUAAAAUAUGAUGUAAUAAAUGGAAAAUCUCAAGUAAUUUGACUAAGAUUACAUGUAAUUUAGGGAAGAACCAAGGUUUAAGAAAGCACUAGGCUUAAGGCGAGGGUUGAGACGAGGCCUUGCGCCUAGCAUGCUUAGGCGUCGCCUAGGCGUGCCUAAGCAUUAGAUGUAAACGUAGCAAAAUAUCUCACACUUGCCUAGAAUCACAAGUUUAAGAGCCAAUAUCAUCGCAUCUACCUCUCAUUUCUAAACCUUGAUCAACACUACAUGGUAAAGUAUAAAACAUAGUGUGUACAAAUGAGAAACGAAGAAGAAGUCUUAAAAUAGCAGCGAAGAAGCGCAACAAAGAAAGAAGAAGUUACUCUAAAGAUGGUUGUCUCUAAACGCUCCGCAUCGAUCACGGCAGUUCACGGGCAACUGUUUGUGUUCACGGUCUUAGUGACCGUGAACUCGCCUUGCGUCAGUGACCUUCAACUUAGCUCUGGACGCCUUGCGCUUCACGGUCAACUCCCCUUCUUCACGCUCUUGCACGACCGUGAACUCCUGCCUUUAGCCGUGAACUUGCAGUUUUUCACCUCUUCUCCCGGUUUUCGAUCCUUUUCGCCAAUCCUUUGACUCCGAGGCUGGUUCCACCUGUUAAAUCCUGAAAAGCACUCAAACACAAAGAACCUCGCGUAAAACCAACCUUUAAUGAGCGAAUUUGGCACAAACAUCUAAGCAAACCGGGGGCAAAAUAUGUGCAAUUAGGCCCGAAUCACUCCCCCACACUUAGACGUUUGCUUGUCCCCAAGCAAACCAUUUCACAAAAUAGUAUUUCGACAUACACAAAUGCUUUGGGGACAACUCGAAGGACACGAAGCGGGAAUUCUCGUUGUUCAUUGACAAUCAACACAUGAACCGUUGCAAGCAAUACCGACAUCCACCACAAAUGACAUUCAAAGCCACCAAAACGGGCAAACGAAAAGUUCUCAACUUAUUCAUGGAUAAAUGCAAGUCUCAACAAAAUGACUUAUCGACCACAACCAACCAUGCAUGGAAUUCAAGUUCGAGGAACAAAUGGAAAGGCAACAAAGGUCCUCACCGGGGUAUGAUAUGACAUGCAAAGCAAGAAUGAAUCGCUCACUCUCAAGACCAAUGGGGUCGGAACCUCUUUGGUGCAAAAGAUGUGCAUAAUCGUAACCUCUCGGCCCUAUCGUCUCGAUACCACAGCGGUAAUCUCUAAAUGCUAGAGUUCACGGGAUGGUUAUCACCACUAACUCGUCCGGAGGUCUUAGACACAGGUUCAGAUGACUAGCGAUUGGCUUGGACAUGAGGAAAAUGCUUUUUGGGUGGUGGCAAUCAUGACGUGAGGUUCUACAAUCUACAUCUUCAAACUACCCCUGAAGGGUCUAUGGUUUCUACUAAAACCCUUCUAUUCAAUCAAAGGCCACUAGCAUCGGUCAAAACCCUUAUCUCUCCCUUCCAACUAUCACCAAUCAUGAACUACCUUGAAGCACUCUUCCUCGGUCAACUCUUGCUAGUUCUUUAAGGUUUGGUAGUGAAGGAGUUCUAAACAAUGUGGGGGUUUCGAUGGCUUGGGUGCCAAGAAACCCCUUCCUAGAGCAUGUACUUUGGUUUUUCGUGGCACUCUCUACUUUUUUUACCCCAUUUUAUUACCUCUUUUUCGUUUCUCUUUUCUUUUCUUUCUCUUUUCUUUCUUUUUGAGGGGGGUAUUAGAGAGUAAAAACACUUGCCACCUAAACAUUUAUCGACCAAUGCUCUCUUUAUUUGAGGAACUAACUCCAACACUACACUCCAUUUUGCACUCCUAGCAAGAACCACACAUGAACCUCCAAUGUAGAACCUCUAUGGAAACUCAACGGUAAGAGCUCCGGGACACACGGGCGACUCAUGUUUGGAUACGAAAAAACGAUUUGGGGGUCGUUCUACUAACACCUUUAAGCUCACACAAACAAAGCUCCUAAAUUGAGAACGACCCACGGAGUCAAAGGGGUUGACUAAGGGAUGAUGCAUCUCGGGACAAUCAAUGAAACAUCCCGUUUCGGCUAAAAUCGUAUUAUUGUCGCUAGAAAAAUUACGCGAUUAAAAUCGGGGGUUUUAAUAGUAUUUCGACGAAAAUCAGAUUAUCGAUCGAUCGGAUAAGUAUACGGAUUAAUUUUAUAUAUAUAAAAUGAUUUUCACACACGUCGACGGGAGAGAAAUUGCUUGGGGAACAAAUAAAAAUAAUGAGGGGUGAAGCGGCAGGGGAUAAAGGCCGCCCACCAUCCUUUAUUUAUACACGUACAAAAACCCUUCCCCAUCCAUUUCUCAUUUCUCUUCCCCAAACCAGAAACAGAGAACGCGCACAGGGGGUGCUCGGUAGGAAAUUGCAAAGCUCAAUUCUUGAGUUACAGUGAUCCAAAAAUCUCGUAAGUAAUGCCUAAUUCAUCUAUACAUCGUGAUUUAUCGAUUUAGAUAUUUAAAACGAGUUUUUGGUUCAGGAAUUUCUUGAAUUCCCGAUAAGCCAAAUUAGGGUUUCGGAGUAUCUGGAAGCCGGAUUGAGCCCAAAUUUCAUAUACGAGCUUCCUGCAGCGAGGUAAUCCAUGAAUUUCGGCUAUUAUUUAGGUCGAAGCCGGGAUCGUUAAAAUUUAGCUCCGGCCAGGGUUUGAUGUGUUUUUAUCGAGAAUUUGAUCCGGAGCCUAGAACUAACAUUUACGGGGACACUGCAGGGGAUAUUAGGACGGUCUCGGAUUCUAAUUCCGGGUUCGUUUGUGAAAUUGAUGUUUUAGUACGGAGGCUAAAACCGGUGUUUGAACGACCAGAACUGGUGCGGGAUUAGCACGGCAUACCGGGUUUGUCGUAUCACGAUAAUUAUAUUGAUGCUUAGAAUUGACCUAGGUGAACUAGAAUGGCCUGAUUAGGGGUGUAUGAACUUUUGUGCUAUAUGAUGAACCCUGGACUACUGUAUGAUAUUAUUGACUUGUCCUAAUCGAGAUGGACCUUGUUUAUGCUGAUGAUUUCGUAUAUGUUGCAAAUUGUGGGAUUGAAUGUUGAUAUUCCUUAUGAUGGUUCGAAAAGGUGAUUGAGUAUGAUUUUUCAUGAUUGAUGUAUUUGGAUGUACAAGUGGGAAAAAUAUAUAUCUCAUUGUGAUAUUUUGAUGUUUUAGGAGGAUGACUUGCACGAGGGUUUAUCCCGAGGAAGUGCAAUUAUACGACUCAUGUUUUACCUAUGUUGAGCCAAUUAUGGUCAGGUCAAGUACAUGUGCAAGUAAUGAAUUAUGAUUAAGCAAGAUGAGAUAUGGAUCAUGUAUAAGGAUACGAAGUAAGAGUACUUUGGUCUCACGGUCAACUACAUAAUUAUUAGGACUCCCUAUGCUAUUACUCUAUUAUGAUAUGUAUGAUAGUCACACCUCGCAUGUGGUGGUGACUGAAGAUUUCUUACGAGAUAUGACUACACCCAGAGCGGUGUCGGGGUAUGACUACACCCAUAGUGGUGUGGGGUAUUUAUGACCACAUUCGACGGGAUGUUGGGGUAUGUAUGACUACAUCCGACGGGAUGUGGGGUAUGUUUCCCGGGAGAGUUAUUAGCAUGGGAGUAGCCAGGCGCCUAUAAGUAAAACAUGAUAAGAUGCAUAUGCAUAAAUCAAAGUGGUUGAGUCUUUUGCCCAUUGGGAUAUGAGGAUGGCUGAGGUCCGAUCCUAGUGUUUUGUCUUGAUUGCUAGAUGUAUGGUAGGGGUAUGCUUUGUUAUGAACUCACGAUGCAAUGAUUGUCUCACUCAGCCAUGAGCUGACCCUCUUUAUCCUUUUUCUCUACUUAUGCCAUGUGUAAGCAGAUCAUCAUCAUUAGCAGUAGUAGAUAGGUGUAUAGGUGGGAGCUGAGCAAGAGUUGAAGGCAAGAUGAGGUAUGGUCUUCAACUAUUCUGUGCUUGGACUACUACUCAGGAUUUUGGCCAGUGAUCCACACCCUUUUGUAAAAAUGUUUUGAGAACAUUUUCAUGUGCAUACUAACUUCUGAUGCAGUGUGAGAUAUCCACAGGUGUAGAAAGUUUAUAAUAUGUGUAUAUUUGUGUAAUUAUGUAAGUUGUGACGAUUAUGACAUGUAUAAGCAUGGUACAUAGUUGCAGAGUACAAAAGUGUGGCUAUGGCUUUGAAAGCCAAUGUAUAUGGUUGUGAGUAUAUAUGUAAAUCUAUGAAUGCAUAUAUUCAUAUAAAUUAUUUUGCAGGUCUAGUUGCAAGAACUGUUAGCCCAUUACGAGAGUAAUUCAUGUCAAAAUUUUAAUUGGGUAAAUUUUGGUAAUUAAUGUAAUACCCGAGAUUAUUUCCGCUGCAAAUGUAUGAAAAAUAUGAUUAGGUAAUACGUAUAGGGUGGGGUGUUACAAUCAACUUUUGGGGCGUGGACUAAUCCUAUGCCUCCAUCAUACUUGCUAGUGAUAACUUGUGAUGCUACACACCGUGGUAAGAGAGAACUAUCACACCGAAAGAAAAGAACGGCUCAAAGCUCACAGGCUACCUAGUUACCCAACCAUCUAUUCCAAUUCAUAAACACGAUGCAUGACA